AUGCCUCUAUCUAGCAUGGAAGAGGCCCUAGUUGACCUCAAAGCUGGCAAGUUUCUGGUAGUUGUUGACGACGAGAAGCGGGAGAACGAAGGCGACUUGGUAAUGGCCGCCGAAAUGGUCACGCCAGACGCUGUCAAUUUCCUGGUUAAGUACGGACGGGGUCUGCUGUGUAUGCCGAUGAAGUCGGAUCGUCUCGACGAGUUGGGGAUCAAGCUAAUUGAGAGUGAGCACGCUCCGCAUGAAAUGCCCACUGCGUUUACCAUGUCAGUGGACUAUAAAGUGGGUACAACCACUGGAAUCUCAGCUGCAGACCGCGCCGCAACCAUCAGCGCCCUAAUUGAUCCCGAGGCAAGGCCUGACGAGUUUUCGCGCCCUGGUCAUCUCUUCCCUUUGCGAUACCAGCCGGGCGGUGUUUUUGUCCGUCCUGGGCACACCGAGGCGAUCGUAGACUUGUGCUCCAUAGCAGGGAUGUACCCAGCCGGCGUUGUUUGCGAAAUAAUGAACGACGACGGCUCAAUGUCACGCCUGCCUGACCUUGAAACCUUCGCCGACCAGCAUGGUCUGAAGAUUCUGAGCAUUGCUCAGAUUGUCGCAUACCUGCGACGUUACGAAGCCAAUGUAACACGGGUGGCGGAAGCCCGCUUGCCUACCAAGUACGGGGAAUUCAAGGUCUUUGCCUAUGAGAGUCCUUUCGAUCCCGGCGAGCAUAUUGCGUUAACUCUGGGUGAGUGGAGUCCUGACCAACCGGUCCUGACCAGGAUUCAUAGCGAAUGCCUGACGGGGGACGUAUUCGGAAGCAUGCGGUGUGACUGUGGCGAACAGAUGGAAUUGGCCCUUAAGAGAUUGAGCGAGGAAGGGACCGGCGCCUUCCUUUACAUGCGGCAGGAAGGCAGGGGCAUUGGCCUUCACAACAAGAUAAAGGCUUAUUCCCUGCAGGAUGGCGGGUUGGACACGAUUGAAGCCAAUAACCUGCUUGGCUUUGACACAGAUAUGCGCCACUAUGGCAUUGGAGCCAAGAUCUUGGCCGAUCUGGGAAUCAAGAAGAUAAAGCUGCUCACCAACAACCCCAAGAAAUUGGUGGGGCUGUCAGGUUCCGAAGUUGAAGUGGUGGAACGGGUCCAGGUUGAAGUUCCACCCAACGACGAGAACCGCGAUUACCUCGAAACCAAGCGGGUAAAGUUAGGUCAUAUUCUUGGAUCAUGCUCUUAG